AUGUGGGCCGCUACCACUCUAUCCUGCCGAGUAUGGCCUCCCGCCACAACCACCGGCAGCCAAGGUCACUUCAUCGUCUCCGCCAGGUAUUCACGACCUCGCAAGAACAUCAAUUACUUCCCCGAAGACGAAGAGGAUGAGGAAAAAGAAGAAAUAGACAGUUGGAAGCCGGAAGAAAUUGGGGAUUCAGAUGAUGUAUCAUCAUCCGUAGCGAAAAUUAGCGGAUCUGUUGUUUUGUUGGCACUGCAAAAAGCUAGUUCCCAGAAAACCUCCAAACAGAUGACAAAGAAGAUGAAGAAGAAGAAGAAGAAAGAGGUGGACGAUAAAGGAGAUGCAAUUACAGAUUACAGCGGCGUGAAGCCAUUGUGCGUAAAAAGCGAUUGGAAGGAUAAAUUGGAUGAACUCGAGACACAGCUUCAUCAACUAAUUCAUAACGCCUGA